GCAAGCGACUGCCAGUCGAUUUACCGUACCGAAAGACACGAACGUGUCUCUAACUUAACAUUUAAAUAAUUAAAACACAUCUAUUAUAUAAACAUUCACCAAAAACAGCCAUAAACGAAACAAUUUCUAAGCAGUGAGCACAAAGUGAAAUCAGUGACUGAACGGAAUCAUUGGAGCGUAUCCGGGACUAGAAUUUCGUAUACAUCGACACCUAUCGAGUUUUGGAGUUUGGGGCACACGAAUCCGUGUAGCGCCGAAUGGAAUUAGCUAUUAAUUCCAGAUUUUCACUAGCGGAAAGCCGUUUAACGCUUACGUAUACGUUGUCAUAUAGCGGUACUUGCAGACUAACUUGAACCGUAAAGUGCCCGUGCGAGUGUUAAGUAACCGUCAGGUUCGUGUUCUUGGUAGGAGUAGUUUUGGACUUGGACUGUGAAACUGAGGUAUCCCGUUAGACAUUAGUAUGCGAGUGGACUGUUAAUUUGGUGAACUCAGCUAGUGUGGUGUGUGCUGUGUAUGGCGCGAUGAUUACCGGAGGCUGGGUGUGCGCUUUGCAUGUCCGCACGGCGGGGCUGGGCGGCGCCGCGCUGGGUUCUGACGAGGAAGAGGCCGUGUACCUGGCUUAUGUCGUCAUAGACGUGCUCACCAACCAGGUGAUAGGCGAAAGAGAAUAUGCAGUGCGACCCACAAGAAGGCCUUCAGAAGAAUUACAGACGGGACAACCAUUAGAAGUGGUGGUACAACAGUUCGACGAGUUCGUGCGGUCGCUGCAGGUGGACCCCCACUCCCCGCUCUUCAGGCUCGUCACGGACGGACAGCCACCGCUCAGACAAUGCCUCCACCCAGAAGCGUGCAGCAAAGACCUGAGCCUGCCCACGUACUACGCGCGCUUCCACGACCUGCGCAAGGAAUACGUGCGCGCGUACACGUUGCGCGCCGUGACGCCGCGCGCCACGUCCGCGCCGCCGCCGCCCCCGCCCGACCAUCCUACGUGUUUACAAGACAUGCUUAACUAUUUAGGUAUAACUCCGUAUGCCGGGGAGAAUUUCUAUGCAGCCGAAGUCAAAGACAUGGCGAGCAUAAUACAAAGGAUAAUUGCAGAUGGUUUUAGAUUAGAACUACCGGAAACGAUUGAUCUCGUGUUAGAAACUGGAAUUUGCUCAAAAGACGAUGAAAUAGACGGCAACUGUAUAGUGCGAGCGCGAGGCCUACCCUGGCAAUCAUCAGAUCAGGACAUCGCCAAAUUUUUCCGAGGGCUCAAUGUUGCAAAGGGCGGAGUAGCACUGUGCCUCUCACCCCAGGGCAGACGCAACGGCGAGGCGCUGGUGCGCUUCAUCUCACAAGAACACAGAGACAUGGCGCUAAAACGACACAAACACCACAUCGGCCCGCGGUACAUCGAGGUGUACCGGGCGACGGGCGAUGACUUCCUGCAGGUGGCCGGUGGAGCCACCUGCGAAGCGGCAGCUUUCCUCUCUCGUGGAGCUCAGGUCAUAGUGCGUAUGCGAGGCCUGCCCUAUGACGCAACGCCUCAACAAGUGCUGGAAUUCUUUUCAACGGGCGACGACCCGGUGAACGUGCUGGACGGUGCAGACGGGGUGCUGUUCGUGCGGCGCGCAGACGGGCGGGCCACCGGCGACGCCUUCGUGCUGUUCGCUAAAGAGGACGACUCGCCCAAGGCGCUGUCUCGACAUCGCAAGCUCAUUGGAUCUAGAUAUAUCGAGCUGUUUAGAUCUACUACUGCUGAAGUACAACAGGUGCUAAACCGGUCAUUAGAGACGCGCACGAGUCAAGCCAGCACGCCCUCGACGGCCAGCGCGCCCGCUGAGAGCCUGCUGCCAGUGGCGUUGGUGCCGCAACACGUCAUCACCUCUGGAACCGCCAAGGACUGCGUGCGACUCCGAGGACUGCCCUACGAGGCGCAGGUGGAGCACAUACUGACUUUCCUGGACGAAUUUGCACAAAACAUCGUCAUGCAAGGAGUUCACAUGGUGUAUAAUUCUCAGGGUCACCCUAGCGGAGAAGCGUUUAUCCAGAUGAACAGUGAAACUAGUGCGUUCCUGUGCGCGCAGCAGAAACACCACCGCUACAUGACCUUCGGCAAGAAGCAGCGAUAUAUCGAGGUGUUCCAGUGCUCCGGCGACGACAUGAACCUGGUGCUGACCGGCGGCGUCACCCCCGCGACGUCGCCCAAGGUGCUCUCCCCCGGUCCAGUAACGUAUUACUACCCAGCUAUGGGACCUACGUUGCCGCCGCCGCCGCUCGUUUACUGGGGCUACCCGACUCCGCCUGUCUCCCCUGCGCACUACUACCAUCCGCCACACCAUCCCCAAACUAUGAUGCCAGAAGUAGUUUCAGUGGGAGGAGGAUCUCCUUUACCGAUUCCACCACCAGCCGCUUGCCCCGAAUGGCCUAUUUUUAUGGUUAACUAAACUAAAUUUUAAUAUAAACAAGGCCUUAGGCAAGAGUCGGACGGUCAAUAAAUAUCGUGAUACCGGUCUCAAUAUUUACCUAUGAUAGCGUUAACGUAGUUAUCGCGUUUACACACCAAUACUUACUGAUGGGAGCACGAAUAUUGCGAUAUUUACUGGCCGUCUGAGCUUGUCGGGGAAUUUUUACCAAGGAUGUGCUAAGAUGCGAGGACCGAUUUAAUGGUCAGGUGAAAAUCGGCCGAUAUAGAAUUUACCUAUAUGAAUUUAUAGUAUGUAUAAUGCCUGAUAACUUAAAUGUAAGCAGGCUUACUAUUGCAAUUCAGCCCUUUUUACCCUUUAAGAUAUCAUAUAUUUACUAUAUAAGAUAAGUUAUAUAUUUACCAUAGGUAUACAAUAGGUAUAUUUAAAUUUUAAUAUUUGACGAAAAUAUCGCUCAAUUUAGUUUUAUAGUACAUAAUAGUGUAGUUCUCGUUAUAUUAUUAUGUUGUUAUACUUGAAAUAUAUUUUCCUAAAAUUCAAUUAUAAUCUCAUAGAAACCAUGCUUUGCCUUCCAAGCCAAAGUAAAUGCAGCAAAUGCCGUCUAUGAAUAUUUCUUACAUGUUACAAGAGAUAUUUAUAGGAAUGUUAUUGUGGAGUAUCCACAAUUAAUAAUAUAGCUUUUAAAAAUGUUUAAAAAUAUCGCCCAAAUACCUACUAUACGGCUACAAAUAAAUAAUAAAUUUAUAAAUUGUAUUAUUAAAUAAAAUAUGAUAUAAUAAAAUAUAGAUAUGGAAUAAAAUAAAUUAAAUUAAUAUAAUUUAAAAAAUAAGCGUUAAUGUCCUACUAUUAACAACUAAUGGUACAAAUCAAAAAUCUUGUAACAUCACUUGCCAAUAUAAUCAAGAGUUGAUUGUAUCAAAUGGAAUGGCUCAAAUAACGUGAUAUUAUGAUGUAUCUAAGAUAUUGCUAAAUAUAAGUAAAAUUUAUAUAAAUAAAUCAAACGCCCUGAUUUACAAUUCAUGCAAAGAAAGUAAUAUACCUAUAUCAAAUUAAAGUAACUUAAAAUAAUAUCGUCAUAGUUAAAACUAAGUUUUUUUGCUUAAAAUAGUUUGACUAUUUACCGUGGUAGAUACUUAAAUAACAGAAGGGCAAAACUAUUAGUCCUUAUGUAUAUUAAUAUAAUCAUGCUAUAAUUUAUUAAUUAAUGUAAAUUAAAAAAAAAUUAUUUAGUGAUAAUUACAUUUUAUCAAUUGACUUCCUCUGUUAGUGUUGUGUUGCCAGAUUGUACGGAAUUAUUUGAACAUUGUUCUUUUUUAAAAAUAUAUUUUAUAUCACGUUGAAUUUCUAAAUAUUAAAGGAGGAUUUUAGUAAUUAAUAGAUAUCAUUUUUAAUAUAUUAAAUUAUGAAAUAUUUAUAGGCUAUUUUAUAUUAGAAAAUUUUAAUAUAGGAAUGUUAUCAAAUUAUAAGGACCAUAUCAAAAAUUGAUAUAUGAUGCUGAUAUCCGGUGCUUAUUAAAUUUUUGACUAAGAAUCUACUUUUAUAGAUAUUAUAUUGAGCUUCUUUGUAAAACUUUAUAUUGUGGUACCUAUUCAAUGAAUUUGAAUGAUGUUACUAAUUUUGUACAAUAGAUACGAUGUUGAAUACGAUUUUAAUAACGAAUAAUUAAAUAAUUUCAAUAUGGCUGAAAAUUAGCAUAGAAAUCCUACAUUUUAAAUUAUUCUUAUAUAAAUUUUUAGUACAUAAUAUAAUCAAUGAAAAGCUCAAUUUAUUAAGAAGUUCCUUGUCUAAUCAUGACUGUAUUUUCGAAAAAUCAAAUAACAGAUUGAUUUGAGCCUUCAUUUAUUAUUCGGUAUUUUAAAAUAAGGACCUAGGGUACUUUUCGAAACAGUUAUAUUAAAUAAUAAAGGUGCUGAUUAAUUCAGUUUUUCAAGCAAAAACCAAAUAAAUGACUUAUAUUGUUGAUUUUAUUCAUUGUAGAGUAAGAAAACGCUCAAUUAGAAUAGCUCAUAUUAGAAUAAGCCAAGACAGAAAAACAUUUGCCAUAAUUCUAAUUCCACUAAAUUUUCAACAUAUAAAAGUAUAAUAAAAUAAUUCAAGAAUUCAAAGGAGGACAAAAAAAUAAAUUUUGUCUCAGUCAUGACUUGCUUGUUUUAAAUGGUUGUAUAAUUUUUGUUAUAAUAUGUUGAGUCAACCAAUAAGUAACAAAAUUUAACUAUGUUGUGAACAACGCUGAUUUUAUGAUCAGACUAUCUUAUAGUCAUACCCAUUUUUUUUUUGUUUUAGAAGAGCAUAAAGUCAAUCAAUGACUUAUAAAACAGACAGACAACGAAGUAAUCCGAUAAGGGUACCUUUUUCCCCCUAAAAAAGGUUUAUUUUUGUUUAAUAUUUUGAUAAUUCACAUUCAUACAAUUGAAAUCAAGUUGAAUACUAAUUAUAUCAUUAGUCAUGUAGCUUAUAUUGAAUUAUUUUAAAGAAAAACAUUUCAUUAAUUAAAUUUAAUUUCAUCUUAAUUUAAUUCAUCAAUCUCAAUAAAUAUAAAUGAAGUAGAGUGUAGCAAAUAAAUUUUGCCCUAUAGCUGUUACAGGAUAAAUGAUAAGACAUUAAAUAAUGAUUAUUUCAUUGGCAUAAUAUUAAAAUAUUUAGUUGUUAUGAUAAUUAUAAAUUAAUAAUAAAAUAUUAAAUUAAAAAUAAACAACAAAAUCUAAAUGUCUUCCGUUAAUGUAAAUUUUCUAUGUUUUUGUGAUAAGUUUUUGUGUUGUAUCACUUAGGUAUUUACUAUCAUUAGAAUUAAAUAAAUUAAUUAUUAUGUCAAAGACAAAGAUUUUAAUGAUUAAUAACAGUAAAAAUCAAAACAUGUUGAACUGUUGUUGAAAAUAUUUUUUAAUUUUAAAUAUAUACUUAAUUAAAUUUUAUUUUUAUUUUGAAUGACUAUAAAUUACAAAAAUUACUUAAAACAAUGCAAUAAUUUUGCAUGAAAAGUUAUUUAUACUUAUUUAUAAAAUAAAAAUCAUAUUUAUGGAUUUCUAUACAUUUUUUUUGACUCAGUUAAGUGCUAAAAAAUAAAGCAAUGGAUAUUUUUUUGUAAAGAUAUAAAAAUAAAUAAGCAAUAAUUUAAGUGCCUUAACUGUAAAUACACUAUGGUCAGUUUUAGAAUAAUUAUUGCCUUUAUUUAGUUAAUAAGUAAUAAUAAUAAGGGUGCAUUCUCACUAGGUGUCUAAUAGGAAUGGUGCCUCCUAGUCAAAUCAGCAAUUUUUUAUCAAACGUCAAAACGCUCGUAUGAUAUGGGAGCUUGAAUGAAAUAUAUAAAUGUGACGUUAUAACUUCGUCUUCUUUUUGUCAUACUUUUUUAGUUAAAUCGAUAAUAAUUACAAAAACUAACAGUGGACAUGAGUUUUUCGAAUUUCGGAAGGCCCUCUUUUUAAUAAUAUAAUACUAUAAGAAAUAAUUUAUUCUUGACAUAGGCACUGUCAGCCCUGAGUUAGUGUUUUACUAGUUACUAUUUUAAAUAAUAGAGCAGUCACCAAACGCGUCCUGUACGCAUUUGGCGGAAAAUUACUUACAGACUUGUUAAUGGUGGAUUUUCCGAUAUCCGCAAUGAUAAAUAGUAGCCUUCUGAUUUAUAGCCCAAAAGUCGAUCAGCAGACAGUUGCAGUACGCCUAGUGAGAACGCACUUUCAGGCUGAUUUUUUCUAACGCUGACUGUCAGCGCUGCCAACCAGCGGUAGCUAGUCAGCAUUAGUCAGGAACGCAUUACUAAUGCAUUCGUGUUGACCUGUCGGCGGCGACAGUCAGCGUGAGAAAAAACCAGCCUUAAACUUGCUCCUUUCCUUUCGAGUACACGAGCACCUACAUUGUUGUCCGAUAUAAGGCAGUAUUUCACUAGGAUGUCAUAGCGAUGUUGCCAGAAGCGAUGCCAAACGCGAUAUUGAAACUUAUCACUUGGAGACGCGGAUAGUUCCACAAAGGAAGCGUUGCCAGCUGACGCUCAGACGCUAGAUUUUUUUACUAGAAGCGGAUUUACUGUACCGUCAGCUGCCAUUUGCCAACCACUUUUUUUUUUAAAUAAUAAAUAGCGAAUUGCAGAAUUUCAGAACCAGAGAUACCGCCGAUGCGUUGCCGGCCUUUCAGGAUUUGCUUCUGCGAUUCUUAUACGAGUACAUAUUGUAGAUAUUCUCUACAAUCACAUAUUGGAAGCUGGGUAUCGUCGCCAAGGUAUCCUAGUGAAAUAUGCCAAAAAGGAAAAUGUAAAAAUAUUUUUUUUUUACCUAGUGAGUUUUGUCCAUGACUUAAAAACAAUCAUGACUACCAUAAAUGUAGUUAUAAUUAAGUAGUAUUUUGUUAUGAAAAUUUAAAAAAAAUCGUUAGUUUUUGUUACAUUUUAUAAUAUUAAAAUAAUGUUUAAUGUUCUUAUGCCUAGUUAAUUUUAUUAUUAUUCUUAUAAUUUUUUUAGUUAAUCAAAUUUGAUUUAUCAAUCAGGAAAUGAAUCUGAUUUAAUGUAUUUAAUAUUUAUUUACUGUAAAAUUGUGAAUUAAUAUAUUUUUCGUUUAUUUUUGUUACUUUCUAAUAAAAUCACAAUUAAAAAUCCAGUGACAUUGGUGAUAAUUUGGUUGUAACUUGUAUGCAAACUCCUAAAAUUAACCAAAUUGACUUGAAAUUGAAUUGUUUUAACUAUAAAGACGUAAUGUUCUUCGUGAAACGAAUAGCACAACUUUUAGAAAUAUAACAUUAUAUAUUUAAUAGUAUAAAUGUGAUUUCAUUAGAAAAACUGUAAAAUAUAUCAAAUUGUUACCUACGAUGCAUAUUAUUUUAUAUUGAAUUGACGAAAAUCUUAUAUUUUAGUUUAAAUUUAUUCCACACUAAUUUUGCUACCGGAAUAGAAAUGGUAUUUGUCUUCAACAGAGUCGUCGACUUAUAGCAACUUAUUAUGUAUAAAAAAUACAAAAGAAUAACUCUGGAAUGAAUGCUAGAGCGGGAGCCAGAAAUUAAAUUGUAAAAAUGAAAAUCUUGAUAUUAAUGUAAUGCAAAAUGAAGGUUCAUUAGAAGCGGCGACUAUCUCAUACUCCUUUACUAUUUUAUUUUUAUAUAUCAACUCGUGCCAACAAAAAACCAAAAUAUUGAAACGAAGCGGCGCUAACUAUUAUCUUGUCUCACUCAGACAUUAUAUUCAGAUGUGAGAGGGAAUGAUUAGCGUGGUACAUUUUCGAUUCGUUUCCUUAUUGACACGUGUUGUUAUACCUAUUCAAAUUAAUUAUGUGGUAAUAUAGCUGCUGGUUGAGUUACCACGCAAACUUGGUAGCGUAGUGUGGAUUAGACCUAAUGCUUAAUGUAGUUGAUAUAGAACGUGCAAUGUUUAGAAUAGUUAUUUUGAUUUUUAAUGCCAAAACAAAUUUGGUUUAUUAUCAUACAAAAGUAGUGAAUUGUUCCAAUAAAUUAAUUAAAAAU